CGUCAGAAACGCCGAUAUGGCGUCUUCACAAGACGCUUGGUACUUAUCGUUGUUGGGAUUAGCGGAAAAUUUCAGAACUUCUAGUCCUCCUAACAUUAAGUUAUGCAUUCAGUGUUUGCAAGCUGUGUUUAAUUUUAAACCACCUCCACGAGUUGAAGCGCGGACUCACCUUCAAUUAGGAAAUAUUUUACUGACACAUACUAAGAACAUUGAUUUAGCGAGAACUCAUUUAGAACAAGCGUGGCUGUUAUCUCAGAUGAUUAAUACUUUUGACGAUGUGAAAUUUGAAGCUGCAAGUGUGUUAGCGGAGUUAUAUGAACAAUUACAACAAUCAAAUUUAUCAAAACCCAUCCUUAGGAAAGCCAUAGAGCUAUCGCAGCAUAGUGUGUACUGGCACUGUAGACUGAUAUUUCAACUAGCGCAAAUUCAUGCAAGUGAACGUGACUAUGAGGUGGCAAGCAGCCUUUUGGGAGUCGGCGUGGAUUACGCUCAUAUAUCAUCGGCAGCAUAUACGAGAGUACUGUUUCUCUUAAGCAGAGGAAUGCUGCUGUUGAUUGACAAGAAAUUUAAUGAGGUAAAUCCGUUGCUCAAUCAAGCUGGUCAUCUGGUGGAUCAGUGGCAAGGGAGUCAACAUCAAAAGGAGUACUUAAAAGUCUUCUUUUUAGUGUUGCAGGUUUGUCAUUACUUGAUGGCUGGGCAAGUGAAAAGUGUUAAACCGUGCUUAAAGCAAUUGCAGCAGAGCAUUCAGACAAUCAUGCAACCUAGUUGGCCCUCUGAUGAAGUGGUCAGUGGUCCAAAUGUUGGUGAUAUGUUUAUUUGGAUGCCGAAAGAGCACUUGUAUGUGUUGGUCUACUUAGUCACUGUAAUGCACAGUAUGCAGGCGGGCUACAUGGACAAGGCACAGAAAUAUACAGACAAGGCUCUGAUGCAGAUCGAAAAACUGAAGAUCGUAGACAACAAACCGAUCCUCUCAGUCUUCCAGAUAAUGCUGUUGGAGCACAUUGCGAUGUGCCGACUGGUGAUGGGAAACAAGUGUCUAGCUUUGCAAGAAAUUGCACAGGCGUGUAUGCUCUGCCAGCAGCAACCACGGCUGCUGCAGACCCACAGCUCACAGAUGCAUACGUUGCUUGGCCUUUAUUCAAUGAGCAUGAACUGUUUGGAACAGGCUGAGGAUCAGUUUAUGGCUGCACUCAAGGUUAAGUCUGGGACCAACAGCAGUAGUGAUGCUGCAACGCCGCCUCAGACAUCUCAGGACCGUGAGCUAUGGACUUUCGCGAAUUUAAACUUGGCUAUAGUAUAUCUGCGAGCGAAACGAGAAAAGGAGCUUACUGCUCUGUUGGAACGAAUAAAUCCAGAGAACUUACCAACACAUUCCCACAGCCUUCGAGCAGCAGCUUAUUAUGUGCAGGGUCUUCAGUCCUUCUUCCAGGCCAGGUACAACGAGGCAAAGAGAUAUCUCCGUGAGACACUGAAGAUGGCAAAUGCUGAAGAUUUGAAUCGUUUAACAUCAUGUUCAUUAGUUUUGUUGGGCCACAUAUUUCUUUCUUUGGGAAAUAGUCGCGAAAGUAUGAAUAUGGUUACCCCCGCCAUGCAGCUAGCGAGCAAGAUACCGGAUGUCCAUGUUCAGCUCUGGGCUUCAGCUAUCCUGAGAGAUCUGUACAGGCUUUGUGGUGAUCCUGUAAGGGAGAAUGAAGCAUUCCAGAUGCAUUGUAAUUACUCGCAGAUGCUUCUGAAGGACCAUUUCCAGUCAUCGCAAUUGCCAGAACAUGUUUUAAUAACGUGGAAAGAGGGAAAUGUUCCAGUGAUAACAGGUAACCCAGCUAGUACAUCAAGUUCGUUACUAGUAUGAAGGUGACAACUAGUUCCAACACUGGUGAUGUGUUGCCUUCAAGACAGUUUGGUUACACCCCAGGAAAACUGAAGAAGAUUUAAUAUCGACUGUUGCCACUCCGAGAAAAAGACGUGUACAGUAACUUCUUGUGUGUACAGUGCAAUCAUAAUGGUUACGGGUGUGUGUGAAUAACAUUGCAAGCAGAUUCCAGAUAACACAAAUAAAAUUAUAGAGACUGCACAGAGAGGCUUUAUCAAGGGAAUCUCCAUUGUAUUACUGACUGAAGCAUCACAGGAAGUUGAUAAUAUGUGCUGUUGUUGAUAUUUAUAUCUUUCUUCACUUACUGCAUAACGCUUAUUCCUGCCAAGGACAAUGUGAGCAGUAUUAUUAAUUCAUGUUUAAAAUGUGAUCUGUUAAGAAGUACCAUGACAUCUCAGUUUCAGAUUCUUAAAUGUCAGCAUCAUAUCUGUAAUUUCAAAACAUCGAGCCUGCACUGUUGUGUGGCUGUAUACAAAGUGGCCUUAAUUUUUUUAAAGAAAUGAACUAUGCUAGAUAUAAGAACUGACUGGUAUGGUUUGUGUAAAUAUUUCCUAUUUAUAUAAAAAGAUCGGUUAAAGAGCUCGUUUUGGAGA